AAUCACCUUCGAGAUAAACAGAAUGUUGCGUCAUUGUUAUUGUGGUAUUUGGAGCGCCAGCUGCUUACACAGAUUUCGACACCAUUUCGUUCACAUUUAAGGCCUCUAAAACGACACAAACGAGUGGAGGAGCAACAUCAUACCAGCGAAAUGUCGCAUCAAAAGGACUUUUCAUCUGACGAGAGUUUGCAAGGCUCCUGGGUUGAGCUGCACUUCAGUAACACUGGCUCGCAAAAUACUAGUCAUCACGGAAGCCAGGAGCAAAUCCCCACAUCCAUCCAGGAGGGAGACCUGGAGAAAAUGCUACUGGAUGCACAGCACGAGUCAGGCAGAUCCAGCUCCAGAGGAAGCUCUCAGUGCAACAGCCCACUCAGAGCACAGACCCCUCUUCUUCUGUGGAGAGGCUCAGAGGGAAACAGCUCACAGUCAGAUGAAGACUUUCAAGAAAGAAGACGGGAAGUGGAGAUGCUGAUGAAGAAAAAUGCUGACUGGAUCUGGGACUGGUCUAGCCGACCUGAGAACAAUCCACCAAAGGAGUUCCUGCUGAAGUACUCUAAGCGCUCGACCUCCCUCAGCAUCAGGAACACCAGCGUCAUGAAGAAAGGAGGAGUUCUCUCUGCUGACUUUCUAAAGCUUUUCCUUCCCUCAUUAAUCAUUUCUCACAUACUUGCUGUUGGCCUUGGGAUAUACAUCGGGAAGCGCCUCACCUCCCACAACACCUACUAAGUAGGACGGCGGUGUAUUGCGAGACCAUGUUACCUUCACCAUCUCGGCAUGCCUUAAACUGUGACUUUCUGAAGAUCGGGGGAAGAUGUGGCCAUGUCAAAUUGUCCAUGUCCAAUUUGAUUGAGUGCCCUACGUCACCCACACCAGCAUGGAGCAUUAUCAGUCAUUGUUGUUUCACAGCGUCUUCUCUUGAACACAACAUUGACCUGUCCUCUGCUCCGUGCUGUCGUCCCCACCCUGGAUUGGAGAUGACUGUUUUGCUGCUUCCUGCUCCUUAAAUCUGCACGUUUGGGAUCUGAUAUUUUGUCAUUGCCUUGUUUCUUUUUGCAAAUGAUAUACUGUCAGUUGAUUUUUUUUUUCUCUCUUUUUAGAUCAGCUGUUGGUAAAGGAAAUUGUUUUGACUUGUAUUUUUAAGGGAUCAUUAUCUGAGUGUGGAAGUAAUUACUGACUGCUCCAUUACUGAUUGCUCAGUUUGUGCAAUUUUAAAUCGUGAUUAUGUGAAAAUCAAACGUUAGCUUGCACAGAUACGGUCCAUUUCAUUCAUUCUGAGCAAAAUAAAAGUUUGAAACACG